CAACCCCUCUCUCUCUCUCUCUCUCUCUCUCUCUCUCUGUGAAAACUCUAUAAAAUCUCUCUCUCACAGAAGCGAAUUAGCUAAAGUUCUCUCUCGUUGAGAAAAAGGUCCAUUUUCUUCUACCUCCGAGCUAGCUCCAUGGGCUUCCCAGCCGGGUACAGUGAGGUUUUCUUACCAAACAUCUUUCUCCAGGCACUUUCCCUUCUGGGUUUCAUAAGAAAUCUUAUUUUCUCGCUCUUUCACUUCUUGGGUCUCUCGGACUUCCUCGAAACCGACGCAAUUUGGCCGGACGACGCGACCCGGAUGCCCGAACACAAACCCAAACAUAUGUCCGCGCUCCUGAUCCAGGAAUUUCUGCCCGUGAUGAAGUUCCAGGACCUCGCGGAGUCUGCCGGUCCCGGGGACCUGCCGGAAAGCUGUGCGGUUUGUCUGUACGAGUUCGAGGGAGGGGAAGAUAUCAGACGGUUGAGGAAUUGCGGGCACAUUUUCCACCGGACUUGUCUGGACCGAUGGAUGGACCAUGAUCAGAAAACCUGUCCUCUGUGUAGGACCCAGUUUGUGCCUGAGGAGAUGAACGAUGAGUUAAUCAAUCAACGGCUUUGGGCUGCUUCCGGUGUGCCUGAUCCUUACAGUGAGUACAGUCAUGAUACAGUCCGGUUCGAGGGUUUCUUGUACGGUGGGGGUCAUUGAAUUGAACAUUUUGUAAUGUAAAUAUACAUCUAUGCAUGAGAAAAUGGUAAUAUUCAAAAAAAUAAAAGAAAUUAGAGAAUUUAGAA